AUGAAAAUCCCAACUAAUAAUAAAGAUCGAUUUGUAAAAGUUCGUCCCAUGUUUGACUGUGUUCUGAAAAGAUGUAGAGAACUAGUAAAAGAGCGUAACCUAUCAAUCGAUGAGCAGAUUGUUCCAUUCACUGGCCAUUUAAAUGUGAAACAAUAUUGCAAGGGUAAACCAAAUCCGUGGGGUAUUAAAAUUUUCAUGUUGUGUGGCGCCAGUGGUGUAAUAUAUGAUUUUAUUAUCUAUCAAGGCAGUGAGACCGAAUUUUGUCCUCAAUUUAAAAAUAAAUUUGGUUUAGGCGCUUCAGUUGUUCUACAACUAACAGAACAUGUCGAGGAAAAUAAGCAUUUUUUAUUCUUCGAUAAUUAUUUUGCUAGUUAUAAUUUGUUCGAAAUAUUGUUGCAACGGAAAAUAUUUGCAGCAUCCACCAUACGAGUGGAUAGAUUUUCGAAGCCCCCGUUUAUGAACGAUAAAGUGCUUGCUUCCAUAGGAAAAGGGGCAACACACGAAAUUCGAAAUGACGAAAAUACUAUAGCAUUAUUAAAAUGGUAUGACAAUAAAUCCGUUCACAUGGCAUCAAAUUUUAUUACAUCUGGAAAUGUAGACCAUGUUGAACGGUGGGAUAAAAAAAUAAAAAAAUAUGAUACAGUUGAACGUCCAGAAGUAAUACAACUUUAUAAUAAGAGCAUGGGUGGUGUGGAUAAAAUUGAUCAAUUGAUAGCCUACUACAGAAUUUUUUUAAAAUCGAAAAAAUGGACAUUACGUAUGGUUUUUCAUUCAAUUGACAUGGCGAUCUGCAAUUCGUGGUUGGAGUAUUUACAAGAUUGUAAUUUGUUGGGUAUUGAAAAAAAAAAGCAAAUGGAUUUACUGCAUUUUAAAAUAAGGCUUGCAGACAAUCUUAUAAAUUUGGGAAGAUGCGACAAUAUAAAGCGACCUCGAGGACGACCAACUAGCGCUUCAACGCCAUCGCCUUCACCUCCUUUUAAAAAAAAAAACGGCAAAAGAAUCAAAGCCGUAUCAAGAAACCCGUUACGAUAA